UGUUAUCAAAAAGAGGUCACUUCUGCAAAGUGCUGGUCUUCCGAGCAACAAAUGCAGAUGUGAUGGAAUCUUUUCCUCCUCGGAGAUAUGUUCCGUCACCUCGUUAUGUGGCAGUUCUCGGGCUGUUUUUGCUACUGCCCUGUCUGGGCCAACCAACAUGCGAACCACUGAAGAUUUCUUUAUGCCAGCGAUUUUACAGAACCACGAUAUUUCCAAACACUCUGAAUCAUACAAGCCAAGAAACUGCUGCGGUUGAGUUUCAGCAAUUCGCUCCUUUGAUUAAUUUGCGUUGUUCGCGGGAUAUCGCCUUGUUUCUUUGUUCCCUUUACUUUCCUGUCUGCCCCAGUGUUUUGAAGACAGCAAUUCCACCACCAUGUCGUUCGCUUUGCGACAGUGCAAGAAGUGGCUGCGAAGAGCAAAUGAGAGCCUUUGGCUUCGACUGGCCGGAACCUUUAAACUGCGACAGACUUCAGAAACGCGAAGAAGGGAUAUGCUACAGUGGUGAUAACGAUGGUAAGUCGAAAGCCUUCGUGAAGAAGAAUUUUGUGUAACUCUGAAUUGAUAAAUCAAUACCUGAAUAAACAGGCCACAUCACCCCCCCUGGGGGUACUCCCUUAUAUGAGCCAUAUGUGUAUGUGGCGCCCCAAUGGAUGGGGUUUUGGCCCGGGGGUACUGCCAUAUAUGGGCUAUAUAGGUAUGUGCCGCUGUGAAGGGUAUGGUUUUCAAGCAGUUUACUCUAGGAUAGGGUGUAUAAAUCAGAGCGUUUGGGUCUAGAAUAGGGUAUCAUUUUUUAGGAAACUGAUCAGUUGGUUGAAGAUUUUAUCUAGACUAAGGAUUGUGGUAUAAGGUUUUGUUUUGGCUAGACCGUGCUAGUGACCUCAGUAGUUUCUGGAAAACAGCUACUCUAGGAUAGGGGGGAUUUGGGGAGUUUACUCUAGUAUAGGGUAGCAAAAUUCAGCUGAAGUAGUUCUGGUAUAGGUUAAGGGUUCUAGGGUCCCAGCGGCACAUCCCCACCCAGAAAUUCCUAAAGUAUCCCCCCGGGCGUUUUGGUCUGAAAACGGGUAUAGACUUUGCCCAUUUGGGUCUGGAAUCGGGUUCGGUUCUCGAGGGAACUCGAAUGAGGUAGAAAGAAAGAGAAAUAUGCGAAUUCGAAAUGGAUUUUUUUUGGUCUUGUCCUAAUCUAAGUAUUGAUGAAAUAAUUUCUUAGAGGCCAAGUAUGAAAACGAGUACGAAAAUCACAUUUUUGGUCUGAAAUAGGGUCAUGAUUCUCAGGAAAGCACUUGACGCAAUUAACAAGUUAGUUAAUUCUGAAAAAAAAAUUCGACAUAUUUCCUCUUUUUCCAUCAGAACUCAAUGGAUUCCUUUUAAUCGCUAACUUAAGAGAUGUAAGUCGUAUCAAGCUUGGCUCGACUGACCACGAAACAAUUAUUCCAAACCAGAGGAGUGUUGUAGGAGUAGAUUACGACUUUGAUACGGGUUUUAUCUACUGGACUGAUAAAUUCGCCCAGAAAAUUCAGCGCGCACCCGUUAAUAACAGCCGUAACGUGAAGGUGGUGUUAGACGAUGGUCUUUCCUCUCCUGAGGGGCUUGCUGUGGACUGGGUCAAUAAAAAGCUGUAUUGGACUGAUCCGGGUACCGAUGUCAUUGGAGUAGCAGAUUUUCAUGGUAAUCGUCGAAUGAAUUUAAUCACAACAGGACUGAGUAAGCCAAGAGCCAUCGCUGUUCAUCCUUUAAUUGGGUAAGAAAGAGUAUCAGUAGGUUAGAGGCAACCUCGUUCCCAUGCUCCUCUCAUUCUCGUCGCUACGUGAGAGUGAGUAGGAGAAAGAGUCCUGGGAACGAGGAGGCCUACAGAAUAGGGUUUUUUUUUUUUCAAGAGAGGAUAAUAUUCCUGCAUUUUCGCCUGGCGCGAGUAAAAACACGCGUGAAUCGCGAGACACGCGCUUUUCGCCUUCUUGCGUGUCUCGCGCUCCACGCCUGUCUCUGAAAACUCUUAUACAGGGCAGCGGUUCAGACUUCGUCGAGCGCGCACCUCCUCGCUCUCUCGCACGUUAUUUUCGCUCCUUUGCGCUCCUGAAAUUUCUUUUUCUUUUUCCCUUUUGAAAGUUCUCCACGCGAGUUGAGUGCUAUAAUUAUAAAUAAUUCUCCACUCGUGCACUUUGAAUUCACAUCCGUUUUUGCCCUGCAGCUUUAUGUACUGGUCUGACUGGGGCACCCCAGCUAAAAUUGAAAAGUGCGGCAUGAAUGGGGACAAGUCCACUCGAAAAGUCCUCAUCGAUCGAGACAUCGUAUGGCCAAACGGAAUUACUAUAGACUAUAAAGAAGGGAGGUUGUGGUGGACAGAUGCAAGGCUCGGUACCGUAGAAUCUACAGAUCUAAAUGGCUUUGAUCGCAAAGUUAUUAUACGUAGCUGGUACGUCCGUUCCUCUUAUGGUAUAACUGUUUUUGGCGAUUCUAUCUAUCUGGCAAAACGCAACCGCGGUAGAGGGGUGAUAAGAAUGGACAAAGCCACUGGCAAUAGCUGGGUGAGGAUGGGUCGCAAGUUACGAGCGCCAAAAGAGAUAGCCGUGUAUCACAGACUGAGGCAGCCAGUACCACCAGGUGAGAUUAUCACUAUGAGAAAGAUAGCCCGGUAAGCCGGGCUGCCCCGCUUUAUCGGGGUGGCUCGGCUAAUGCCUUGUGUCCCCUUGAAAUAGUCGUUGUAUUUAUAUGAGAAGGAGGCUGGAAGCCGCGGGGUCAGUCCUUCUUCUUAUAUAAACACAUCGACACUUUCAAGAGGAAAAAAAGCAUGGGCCGGGCCAGCCCAACAAAGCGGGGCAGCCCGGCUAACCGGCUAACCGGCUAACCGUGUCUCCUUGAAAUAGUCGUUGUAUUUAUAUGAGAAGGAGGCUGGAAGCCGCGGGGUCAGUCCUUCUUCUUAUAUAAACACAUCGACACUUUCAAGAGGAAAAAAAGCAUGGGCCGGGCCAGCCCAGUAAAGCGGGGCAGCCCGGCUAACCGGCUAACCGUGUCCCCUUGAAAUAGUCGUUGUAUUUAUAUGAGAAGGAGGCUGGAAGCCGCGGGGUCAGUCCUUCUUCUUAUAUAAACACAUCGACACUCUCAAGAGGAAAACAAGCAGGGGCCGGGCCAGCCCAGUAAAGCGGGGCAGCCCGGCUAACCGAGCUGUCCUUUCUCAUAUAAACGGGUAACCCUCUUAUUCCCGAUGUCAUUUGAAGCACAUUUACAAUCUGUCGAUGAAAUCCUAUAGUGUGACUUUUUGAAUAGAAGCUAGGUGGUAAUACUUUCCUGUGUUACCGUUUAUUACACUCUACAAGGAGGUUCUAACUUUAGAGUCUAUGGAUGAAAAUCCUUAAGUGUGAUCAUUUAGGUGAAAGCUGCUGAGCAGCGAGUACAUUCCUGAGGUUCUGUUUAUUACACUGUACCAGUUACUCUUUUGACUAACUUUUGAGUCUAUGGAUGAAAUCCUAAAGUGUGACCAUUUAAAUGAAAGCUACUGAGCAGUGCUUUCUUUUGGUAGUUAUUUAUUACGCUGUACAAGAUGGUUCUAACUUUUUAGUAAGUGGAUGGAAAUCCUGUAGUCUGUCCAUUUGAAUGGAAGCUACCGAGCAGUACUUUCCUAGCAGUACUUUUUAGCCGUUAUAGUAUUCCCUUUCAGUGUAGCUGUAGCCUUGAGGAAGGCUAAUUUUAUUAGCCGAAAUAUUGACCUCAAAUAAAUCAGCCUUUUGCUGUAUUGCCAGCCUUGCAUUCCGUUUUAUUUUACUUUCCUGAGGUACUGUUAGUGACGCUGUACACGGUGGACCUAACUUUUGAGUCUGUGGAUGAAAUCCUUAAGUGUGAUCAUCCAAAUAAAAGCUACUGAGUAGUACUUUCCUGCCGUGCUGUCUAUUGUGGUUCUAACGUUUUAGACCGUGAAUGAAAUCCUAUGGUGUAUAUGAUCAUUCUAAUGAGAAUUUGUGAUCGUGUCUUUAUAGAAGGAGGUUCACGCAUUUGUAGUUUAAGAGGAUCAAGGAUCGAGCACUGGCUUCCCAACAAUGCGGCCUCGGUCCAAGCAAAUUCCGGCGUCGGCGCAAUGUACGGGUUGAGUUUGAUGUUGGUUUUUUUUUGCCCCGACAGGUUUUUCUCCGGGUACUCCGGCGCUCCCUUCUCCUCAAAAACCAACAUUUCCGAAUUCCAAUUCGAUCAGAAAUCAGGUAGAUGAAGAACCACUUUGUAGAAGUGCUUCCUCUUAAUAGUUAUUUAUUUAUUUAUUUUAUUUAUUUAUUUAUUUAUUUAUUUAUUUAUUUUACCCAGGCGGAAAUCCAUGCCAGCCCAAAGCAGGAUCCACAAGCUGUAGCCACGUCUGUUUAUUGGCUCCAAAAGACUCUUACCCGGAUGGUUAUUCCUGUCACUGUCCGCCAGGCCUCUUUUUACUUUAUGAUACCAAGACAUGUGAUACCGCAGGUAACAUUAUCAUCAUUGAGAUGUAUUUCAUUCCUCAAGUCACCGAAGGCUUGCCCUAGUUACCCCGACUUCUACAGGCGAAUCUUUGUUUACACUUUUUGCCUCAUUAACAGAUGCUUAUCACUUUCUGAUGAAGCUAAUAAAAUAUAAACUCUGAAUACUGAAAGGGCAUAUCAGUUUCAGUUAUCUCUGAAUUUUGGUUUCGGGGAAAUUCUCGUCUAAAAGCUGGAAAUUUAACAGAGAAUGUAUGGCUCCCAGCAAUUUCGCAGUUUUUGAUGGCUGAUAUUUCCCUCAAUAUUGCUUACAAAGAGCUGAAAAUUGCACAAAUUGCUCAACUUAAUCAGCUCUUUCAACUUUUGCAUUUAGCUCAUAUUUACGGCCACGGCUUUUAUGAGUUAACUCGUAUGCUAAUGAGGAAAAUUGUAAACAAUGACGUCAGCAAAGAUUUGCCUAUAGUAAGCCUCAAUCCCUUUUAAUGAGCGCGUGAGUACGGUGCGUGCCAUUUUCUUGGGUUAUAUCUAGGCCUGCGCCGUGGACGUAUUGAGGCCUAAAAGUGGUGCAAGAGACGCAAAAUUGCAAUAGACCAUUUCCGAGUUUCAAACCUCCUCACUUUCAAAACGAGGCUAAGUGCGAAACAUUUCUUGUGAGAAUGAGUUUACUUUUAUGAGAAGGAAAAGUAUUUUCAUAUCAAUUUCGGAGGCUGUUAUACACCCCGGCCCUCAAUUAACUAUCUGGAUAAUUUUUCACACCAUACGAAACCCGAAUCGAAUAACUGUUAAUUUCAUCGAGUCGAUGGUAUAUUACCUACAUCUUCCGAAUACGGUAUGCGCCAGCUGGUUAUGAAGAAUUAGCCGAGGAAUUGGAACCAAUAGGAAACGGCGAACUAUUUUGGAUGAAAAAUAUUGAGUUUUCUCGUUCUCGUUGUAAUUACCUACUGAGGCUUUUUUCUCUACAGCUCCAUGGCUUUUAUACAGCCGCAGAGAUGCCAUUAGAUUUGUAAACAUUCAAAAACGGAACGAAAGCUCCAUCGUUGAAGGUCUUAAGCAAGUCAUUGCAGUAGAUUUCCACUAUGCUGAGGGAGUAAUAUUUUGGACUGAUAAAGUCUCCAACAAGAUCCAACAAAUUCAGAUCAAAGGAGAUGACAAGAGGGUCGAAGAUGUGAUAGCAUUUGGUUUACAAGGGCCUGAGGGAAUCGCUGUAGACUGGGUAGCAAGAAAAUUGUAUUGGACUGAGAAUAUUGGGGAAGGAAAAUCGAAAAUAGAAGUUGCCAACUUUGAUGGGUCUUAUCGUAAAGUUCUCGUUUGGACAGACGUUGAUAAACCCAGAGCGAUAGCUGUUGAUCCACUUUCUGGGUAAGUUUAUUUAAACAUGAAGAUUGAUCACGUACAGUUAUUGGAUAUUUCAUCAAAACUUGUCAGGGGCACCCAACGGGAAAUUUUGAGAAAAAGACCUAACAACAACAACAAAGCGUGAAUAAAGUUUUCUGAGACUAUUUUAAGCAUCUUGGGAGAUUGCUGGAAAAAAAAUUAUCUGUUCCUCACUCCCAGCAAGGCUGAUGGAAGAGUUACCAGCCAGCAACCUUACAACCUGCAACCUGACUUACUGGGAAGUUUCAUAGGGCACAACUCAGAUCUUGAGUGGUAAGUAACCCAUACAAGUAACCCGUAGCAGCUAUUCUAGACUUCAAAUCCCCUCUGACAUCCUGAAUUAUCUUUUUCCCAGCAACACUUUCCUUCAAAGGACUAUUAUUUCUUCUACAUCUCCCAGUCAGCAAAAAUGUGCCUGAAGAACAGAAAUUUUGAGGAACAGAUCCACUGGGUGCCCCUGACUUGUAGCCAUUUACUUGGGCCACCGAUCAAAGUUGUGGUGCCUUUAAGCCCCAGUAUCCAAAAACAAAUUCUCCAGACCGAUCUUCAUACAUUUCCUUAAAAAAAUUAGUGCAGAGAAUUUUUUAAAAGAUCUCAGUGGUUUCCUUUAGUGAUCAUUUUAUUCUUUCUUAUGGCGUCGAAUUGUAUUGUGGAUCUUCUUGGGAUGACUAAUCGUAAAAAGUAACAAAUCGGAAAAAAUCGUCAUUUUUUAUAAAAAAGGUAUUUGUUGUAUAUCAGAGUUUUAUUAGGGAACUUCAAACUCGGAGGACGGCGACGGCAGCGAAAACGUCGCUGAAAAAGUGAAUUCUCGUUCUUUCAACCUUCAUCGCGAUUACUCCAAGUCACUAACUUUGUCAAACGUAGGCAAAACCUCCUAAAGCUGAAUUACUAAGAACCAUAUCCAAGUCCAGAAAGAGGGAGGAAAUCAGUUCUUCGUAGCUUCUGUACUUCCUCUUCAAAACGUGAAAUUAGGCAUUUCCAAGUCAUAGUCGUGCAGUGACAGCAAAGAAAUGUACAGACAAGCCGUCUUCGGAUCUUAAGGUCCCCAUUGUGUCACAAUAAUGAUAAUCAUUGUUCCAUUUUUGUGCGUGUGUGUGUGAGGGGGGGGGGAGGUCUGUUCUUUACAUUUUACUGUAACUUGGACGAAGAAUGUGAUUCGUUACGCCGGGAGUUCGUAAUAUAGGGUUCAUUAUCAGGGCAUUCACUCUAGUACAUUGUGUCUUUCAGUUACAUGUUUUGGACAGACUGGGGUACAGAACCGAAAGUCGAGCGAGCAGAAAUGGACGGCUCAAAUCGCCAAGUAAUAAUACAACAAAAUAUUCAAUGGCCAAAUGGGCUGACAUUAGACUACAAAAACAAGAAAAUAUUUUGGACAGAUGCAAGGUUGCGUUACAUAGCUAAGGCAAACUACGAUGGCUCAAAUCGCGAAAAAAUAUUCAAAUCCCCAGAACAAUGUGCAUUAGGGCAUCUUUUUGCUAUCACAUUAUACGAGAAAAAGUUAUUUUGGACGGACUGGUCAUCGAAUGGGAUCCAUUCUACCGACAACACCACUGGAAAGCUGCGGUGUAAAGACGUUUGGCCGGACUCUGGGCUAAAACCUUUUGGUAUUCGCGCUUUUAAUCCUACUACACAAUCACCAAGGCCAGGUGAGUUCGUCGAAGUUUUCUGCAGAAAGAAGUAAGAUUCGCCGCCUAUUUUUUAUUCUCAGGAAUUUGAAACUGUUGUAUUGAUAUUUUUACUCAAAUCUGGCGUUCUUUGCCCACAAUCAUUUAAUAAAACCAUUUUAUUUUUCGCUGUUUUCCUUCGUAGUAUUUCUCAAGUAUGAUCCCCUAACCGUUUACUCGUUGCAGGUCAAAAUCCUUGUGAUUCUACCACUAACGCAGGCUGCAGUCACUUAUGCUUGUUGAAUGUUCGUGGCCACUCUUGUGCGUGCCCAACUGGUGUGAGGCUUUUACCAGAUGGUAAAACAUGCGAGAAAGGUAUAAACAUCAUUUCCUUUUCUGGAACAGUGAUCAUCAUAGAAGGCUGGAUCCUUUAAUCCAUCAUCAUCAUCUUCAUCAUCAUCAUCAUUACUGAUUGUUAUUUUCAGCAACGUCAUUAACCAUAGUAUUAAAUAUAAUCAUCACCAUUCUCACCAUCAACAUUAGCCGUAUUUAUACCAGAGGACGUUUAAGACGUCUUAGACUACUUAGACGUCUGGUAUAAAUACAGGAAAUAAGGCAGACGCAUUAAACGUCAGACGAAUGAAACGUCUGAAGUUAAGUGCGUCCGAUCGAUGCCAAUUUGUAAUAAUAAUGUAAUAACUUUGAGAGAGGAUUUACAUUUCGAUGAGACCGCCGCCCUUCCCCCCUUUACUUUGAAAUUGUGCAGAAUUUUCAAAGAACCAGACGCAAUGAAAUCUGCCUUUUAGAACCCUAAUUUUUGGACAAAGAUGCUCUUUAAGAGUUCUGGAUCCUCUUCUCCUUAACUUACCCUUUCCAGUGUAGUCUCUCCCUCGUUUUUAAGACCUGCCCGCGGUGUUGGACAAAACAAUAAAACAUUUCUCCAUGAAGUUACCUGUGCACUAAAUUCCAGUCAAACUAUGCAUAGAAAAUCACCUUUGGGUUCGGCAGCAAGAGUCUAUCUUUUGAAGGAAGGCAGACCCGUGUUUUCCUUAUAAAUAAUCAAGAAAAAUCACUAAAAAAAAAACGGCAGGGACGCUUUGUAUAUGUUAAUUUUAAGGGAGCUGUCCGUAGCAAAAAGCAGAUUUGCCCGCUGACUCGAAUAGAUUAAUUUUCUAUCACUCAAUGAUCGUUCGAAGUUAGCUGUCCACUAAAAACCAGUCAAACUAUACAUAGAAAAUCACGUUUGUGUUCGGCACAAAUAGCCUAUCUUUUGAAGCAGGGUAGACCCCUGUUUUCCUUAUAAAUAAUCAAGAAAAAUCACUAAAAAUAAACGGCAGGGACGCUUUGUAUAUGUUAAUUUUAAGGGAGGUGUCUGUAGCAAAAAGCAGAUUUGCCCGCUGCCUCAAAUAGAUUAAUUUUCUAUCACUCAAUGACCGUUUUUUUAACAGGUCCAAAGAGUUUCCUUAUAUUUGCGAGAAAAGAAGCUCUGCAUCGCGUUUCACUCGACACUCCUGAUCACACGGAUGUCGUGUUGCCAGUUUCUGACCUCGAAAGUUUAGUAGACGUUGAUUUUGAUCCUGUCGACAAAUUUAUUUACUGGAGUGAGAAAGCUGUCAUAAAGAGAUCCAAAAUGGAUGGAACGGGUAUGUAUGUUGUUUUUGUCAAAUAUUAGAAGUUGUUAGGCCCGGUUCAGAUGCCGAACUUUUCAUGAGCCGAACCUAAUACAUUGAAUUUAGUUCAUGAAAAGUUCGGCGUCUGAAUCACUUAGGAACGCCUGUUUCAAUUUGGAACGGCUCAGCCGUUUUUUUCGCCUAGCCCGACCGGGAAUUUCGCCUUUGGAGCGACUUUGGAACGGCUUUGAUUCAGACGCAGAACUUUUCAUGUACCGAACCUAAUGCAUAAAUUAUUACAACGUAUUUUGUAAACAGUUUGACCGAAAUGAGCAUUUUCCCCCUUUUGAACUUAGUUCAGCUGCAAUAAAGAUCGGCGUCUGUAUCAAUUCAGUCGGUCUAAAUAAUUUGGGUCGGCCUUAAUUCGAAUUAGGUUCGGCUCAUGAAAAGUUCGGCGUCUAAACCGGGCUUUAGGAUACCAUGACAUUAAUGAUCAGGAAAAACGUCAAUGGAAAACUAAACUCUCUCAAAACUGUCAUCCUUUAGCUGAGGGCAUAACUUGGAUGUCAUAUUUUCCUCAAGUAAUUUGCCCUGCAAGGUAGAAAAAUCAGCUGAAGAAACUAUCAUUAUUCCACUCUACAAAACCUCCUGAAAUGUAGCCUGAAUUUCAGACGGGGUUUACCGAAUCCUAAAUUACACAAGCAAGAAUCUCCCAAAUUCCGAAAUCUGGAUUAACAUACACUGGGGUUGAGAAGCGCUUGCAAGUACAUGUAUUUAGAGAAGCGCAUCGCAGUGAAAGUAUGUUCACCUUUUUCUUUUUUUCGCUAAGAUAUAAAGGUUAUGGUGGAUGAUGGAAUCAAGAGCCCCGAAGGCAUCGCGAUUGAUUGGGUGGCACGAAGUUUGUAUUGGACAGACUCGGAAAACGAUAACAUUGAAGUCAUUAGACUAGACGGCUCUUCAAGAAAAAUUCUUAUCAACGAAGGCCUUGACGAGCCACGAGCUUUGGCAGUGGAUCCGACUCGUGGGUUAGCUGUAGUGCUUUAUUUCGUAGCUUUUUAUAUUUUUAGAUCUUGCCCUUAAAACAGUUAUUUUAUAUGACAAACUAACAUAUAUAUUAUUUAGAACAUUAAAUAAAGAAGGGAUUUCUAGGAAAUUUAAAUCCCAGGCAAGCAAAUGGAGUACACUUCCUCCGUCCCGUAAUUUUUUCAAGUAUUUUUCAUGCUUCAAGUUCCCCAGCAGAAUAACAAAAGAACAAAAUUAGCAAAAAUGAAAUGUGUACUGAGCUCUGUUCGUAGAGGCAAUACGAAACAGAUGAUGGCAUGACUACGACAUUAUUUGUUAUUUCGUGCACAUCAUGGCGGAUUCAAAAUUCAAAACAUCAUCUUCCGUACCAAUUAAGCCCCCAACUUCUUUUCGCGUAAUGGUUAAUAUAGUUAGGCAAAUGCAUAGUUCAAUUGGCGCGUAAAAUUUUAUUUGCGAGCAAACAACGUAUUUUUUUCUUAGGUGUCGCAUCUGCGGGUAGGUGUUAGUAUAUUCUUAACAAACAUUCUUGAAAAGUUUAGUGACAGUUGAUUGCUAUGAUUACGAAGGGCGGUAUGUUGUUAUCGGACCUUAUCGGUGUGAUAAAGUCAACUCAAGAGUAACUGAAAACCAUUUCUUUUCACGCAUUUUUCAGCUUCAUUUUCUGGUCAGAUUGGGGAGCGAAUCCAAAACUCGAACGAGCCGAACUGGACGGGAGCAAUCGCAGGACCCUGGUGAACUCAUCCAUUGUGUGGCCCAAUGGUCUUGUGGUUGAUAUCGAGAAUGGUAAAAUCUUCUGGGCUGAUGCCAAAUUAGACAAAAUCGAGACGAUGAACAUGGACGGCAGCGGCCGUAGAAUAGUUCUAAAUGUGAAUGUGCCACAUGUGUUUAGCUUGACGUUGCUUGGUGACCGCUUGUAUUGGACAGACUGGAGUCAAAGGGUCAUUCAGAGUUGCAACAAGGAAACUGGUGGCGAGAGAGACACAAUCAUUGAUAGCAUUCAAGCACUUAGGGGAAUAAGGGCUGUGAACCUGUCAACUAUUCACGGUAAGCCGUGGACUAUAUGGUGGUGAUAAUAACUAGUGUACGCCGGUGUACUUUAGAAUCGUCUCCACCCAUUCCAUACUGAUUUAGCGGACGGCAUUUCACGGGGAAACCAGUGGUUGCGUCAGGACAUACCGGCUUUUUUCUCAGGCUAUCUCCUCCCCAACUCCCGACUUCUAUAUUCGUUUAUUUUAAUUUCCUCUAAAUCAGACUUUUCAACCAGAGACUGUGGUCCUUUGAGACAGCACUAAGUACCACUGCCGUUCUGCUAGACAAGAGUAGCAAAGGCUCUUGGAAUGAGACUGGUUACUGCACACACGCCGCGCUAGUUGUUUUGUUUGCCGUUUUUGUGUUUUUUCUUUUUUUUUUUUGUGGUUUUAGCUUGUGAGCAGCCCAUCUUGCAGUAUAUUUAUUUACAGUUUAUUUUAACACGAUUAGAAAAUGAGUCAAAAAACUCUGCUUAAAGCUGAUUUACAUGGUGCAGCUUUGUCGCCUGUAAUGUGCUUAGUUAAUAAAACUAUAACCUAAAUUUUUAAAAACAUGUUAAAUCAGACCUACGACGAUGGCAAGUCCGUUGUAGAACUAAUGUACAGGACAGAACGCGUGUCGAAGGCUUAUCAUAUGCACAUCAUAUACAACAAAUUAAUACUGUGUAAAUCGGCUUUAAGGUUCAUAUGUACAUGUACGUUUUACCUUUUAUCUCCGAUCGACGCUCAAAUGAUAUUUAUAUGUUCUACUUUUUCAUACAAUUAAGAAAUGCUGCAUGAUACUGUUGUUUUUAAAUUCACAAUAGUUAAUCGUAUUGUCAAAGUUUCGCCUGACUACUUAACUUAAGUAUUGGUGUACUGACAUUUUCUCAAAAAGGAGAUGUAUUUUUGCAGACAUUUUCUUGUGUAAAAACGAUACCUGCCGCAAUGGUGGAACGUGCACUGAGAGGGACACUAAGCUUCCAUUAUGUAGGUAUGGACAUAAGUAGUGAUCAUUUUAUUUACACUCGAGAUCGCGUUUGUUAGCAUUUACUUCGCCUUCAUCAACUGUUGACUAGAAAAAUGGUUUCAAUUUUUACCGAUAUUUCAGUUUGAAACAAAAUCCAUAACGUUGAGAUGUCGGCCUCCGAAUCUCUGAAUCUACUGACUGCCUAACUGACCCACUGAUUGGCUGGCCUUGCUGGCUGCAUGACUGACUGACUGACUGACUGACCCGCUAGUGGCUGUCUGGCCUUGCUGGCUGACUGACUGACUGACUGACUGGCGCACGGACUGACUGACUGAUGGACUGACCCGCUGGCCACCUGGCCUUGUUGGCUGACUGACAGACAGACUGACUAUACUGACUGACUGACUACAUGAAUGAAUCAAUGAAUGAAUGAAUGAAUGAAUGAAUGAAUGAAUGAAUGAAUGCAUGAAUGAAUGCAUGCAUGCAUGCAUGCAUGCAUGCAUGGACUGACGGACGGACGAAUGAACGAAUGAAUGAAUGAAUGAAUGAAUGAAUGCAUGGACUGACGGACGGACUGACUGACUGACUGUCUGUCCGGUGACUUACCCACUGGCUGACUGACUAACUCCCUGACUGAUGGACUGAACAGACUGAUUGACUGACGGACUAACUGCAUAAAUGGCGAAAUAGCUGGUCAGACAACAAGGUAGAAAAACAGACAAGUAAAUUGAUCAGUCAUCACUGGAUAACCCUGGAACGGGCUUAAUCCUUCAUCUAACUUGUUUUUACGGAAACCACUUGUGAAUGCUUUUAACAAAUUUUUCCCUGUUAAUCUCUUAGCUGCACAUCCGAUUAUACAGGAAUGAGAUGUGAAAAUUUUAUUUCAACAACACCACCACCUACAACUACAGCAUCAGAAUCUACUAAAGCGACAACAACAAAUCCUGUAAAGGAAACCAGAGCCACAGAAUCCGCGACGACUACAUGUAAGGCUGCUAAGUAAUUUAUUAUAUGUAACUGACAAAUGAUGAAAUUUCUAAAAACAAAAUUCUAGAUUUUUAUGAAGAUCGGUCAGGUGUUGCCUUGAUAUAUGCAUGGAUGGAGGGACGCAGAUUUACAUGCGUUAGCUGAGAUGAUCGGAACCAGUAAACGGCUCUGCUGUCUCACCCUACAUAGAGGCAACAGAAAACCGCUAGAAUUGAUCUACAAAACUUUUUUCUUUCAAAUCGGCAUCGUUAAACCACACAGAAUCGAUUAUUCACCUAAUUUAUUCCUCUUGCUUCCAUUUUAGGGACAUAAAUGAACAAUACAGCUCUGUCUUGGUGUAUCAACUUACACUCUGCUCCUUCCCCUUCUUUGCAAAAACCCACCCCCCCUCCCCCCCUCUCUUGAUAAUUAUUGCACAGUUUCUUAUCGUCGACAGCACUGGUCAUUUUGAAGCUGAGCGAGAGAGCAGAAUGGGUUGGCGUCGUGUCGAAUUGCAUUGUGGGUCUGUUUGGGGGCCCUGUUGCGAGGGAAACUGGGUAAAAUUCCUCCCUCAAAACGGUCCAGUGGCGGAUCCAGGGGAGGCCCGGGUCCGCCCCUUAUUUUUAGACCAAACUGAGGUCCGAAGGGCCGAAAAAAAAAUUGGCAAGACCCCCCCCCCCCCACCCUCCUUCACAGCGUGGCCGGGUGGUGAGUUAGGUGGUGAGCGCGUCGCACUCGCAAUCCGGCGGUCCCGGGUUCGAGUCCCGCUCUGGCGACUUGGAGGAUUUGUUCUCGGUCGUCCCGAGUUCAGAUCAUCGGCCACGCUUAUAAAUAGCCAACUGGUUUUUUAAUCCUGUUUUGUGUUGUAUUUGAAUUAUUUGUUUCUACGUAUUUGAGAGGGGUAUCUGUGAAUUAGCUGGAUAAGCUAAGCCUUUUUUUAAACGAUUUUCAUUCUCUUUGCUAACUAUCCUGUUUUUAGCUUCAGAACAAUGCUUACCAGUACAGUUUCAAUGUAAACGGAGCAAAAGGUGUAUUCCAAAAAACUGGGUUUGCGAUUUCGAUCGCGAUUGUGCAGACGGAUCAGACGAGCAACACUGCACCACAAAUACCUGUAAAGAUGAUGAGUUUCGAUGCAACGCAACAGGAAAAUGCAUCUCUAAUACGUGGGUCUGCGAUGGCGAAGGUGACUGUUCAGACAGCUCGGACGAACAAGGGUGUAAAGACUCUUCUACCUGUGACAGCAGCCAGUUUCAGUGCAAUAAAACGGGAAACUGCAUCCCUGAUAGAUGGGUUUGUGAUGGUGAACGGGACUGUACAGACGGCUCGGACGAACAAGGUUGUAAAGACUCUUCGAACUGCACAAGCAGCCAGUUUGACUGCAGAUCAACUAAAAGCUGUAUCCCAAGCGUCUGGGUUUGCGAUGCCGAAAACGAUUGUGGAGACGGAUCAGACGAGCAAAACUGUACGACCCAAGCCUGUGACGAGUUUCAAUGCAACGCAUCAGGAAAAUGCAUCCCUCACAAAUGGGUUUGUGAUGGCGAUAGUGACUGUACAGACACCUCGGACGAAAAGGGGUGUAAAACCGUCAACGCUACUACCUGUGGAAGCAGCCAGUUUCAGUGCAAUACAACAGGAGAUUGUAUUCCUGGCAAAUGGGUUUGUGAUGGCGAUAUUGACUGUACAGACGGCUCAGACGAACAAAACUGUAAAGACUCUGCAACCUGUGGCAGCAGCCAGUUUCCGUGCAAUAAAACCGGAAAUUGUAUCCCUGACACAUGGGUUUGUGAUGGCCAAAGUGACUGUUCAGACAGCUCAGACGAACAAGACUGCAAAGAGUCUGGGACCUGUUCAAGCAGCCGGUUUCAGUGCAGAACAACUAAACGCUGUAUUCCCAGUUUAUUUGUCUGUGAUGAUUAUGACCACUGUGGUGAUAAAUCGGACGAGACUGACUGUGUAGUCGCUAGUACUAGUAGGUUUUUCUUUAUUGUUUACGAAUACUUGUUAACACUAAUUCUGAUGCUAAUUUUGAAGCGCUGUGGUAGCAAAAUAUACGUAUUUUCCUCUAUAAAGAGGGUCUGGAAGAGUACUUUCAGGAUCCGGGACUUGAUCAAAAAACUGUGCGAAAUUCGGGAAAUCACAAAGAAAAUAGGGGGAUCCGGCCACAAAAAAGAUUUUCCGUGCCGGAUUCAGUCAGGCCUAAAGUUAAAGUAGUUUACAGCCGCUCUUACCCUAGUUCUGCCACCAAUUUAUUCACCAUCAUCGACAUACAGGCACAAACUUACAAUUUCCCUGCUCUUCCGAACGCUUUGCAUAAAAAGCUGCUUAACCUUCGCUUUUCGCAUUGAGGCUUCCGACGUGCUUGUACGUUUUGAAGCCUUCCCUGGGAUUCUUUCCGCUGAACACCGGCAAGAAAAUUUUUUAACAGACAUCUGCUUAUACGAAGAGACGGCCAGCCAUACCGAUCCUUACUUUACUAAAAUUACUUUUACUUAUUUUCCCUAGCUCCACCUCUUUUAUACAGCCGUGGAGAUGCUAUCAGAGUUGUUAACACUCAAAACAGCACCGAAAGCUCUGUGUUAGAAGGUCUCAAGAGAGCCAUUGCAGUAGAUUUUCAUUAUGCUAAAGGACUAGUAUUUUGGACGGAUACUGUCUUGAACAAGAUCCAGCGAAUUCAGAUCACAGGAGGUGCUAAGAGGGUCGAAGAUGUGAUUGCAGUGGGUCUGAUAGCGCCUGAAGGAAUCGCUGUAGAUUGGGUAGCAAGAAAAUUGUAUUGGACAGAAAAUAUUGAGGAAGGAAAAUCGAGAAUAGAAGUUGCGAAUUUGGAUGGGUCUUAUCGUAAAGUUCUCAUCCAGACUGAGCUGGAUAAGCCAAGAGCGAUUGCUGUUGAUCCACUUUCUGGGUAAAUUUAUUUAAAUAUUAAAAAGGGUAUGAGAUGAUUACAUACAGUAAACACCCGGUAAUAAGAACUUGUGGUCUAAGAACCUGCUAGCAGAAAUUCGGCACCUUUAUACCCAAAAAUCUAAGAACUUUUAAUAGCCAAGCAAAAUCAAGCAGGCUCUUAUUUAUAUUUGAAUUACUGGCCUGGGUAAAUCAAGAUAAAGAUUUUAACCAAGGAGUUUGACUUCGAGAUUGCCAAUUGAUAUUACAAUGCAAGAAGAUACUGUCGCAAACUGUAUUUGCUUCAGCCAAUCAGAAGCACUCCCCAGAUCUGGGAAGUGACAAGCCAUCAGCAUAGAAUUUCUGUGCCUGUUAGUUUCUCAGAAGUCAUUUCGCGUAGAAACCGGUGGCGGCGUCGUGAGGUGUUAGCUGUUUUCUCAAGCUAGAUGUACGCUUAAUAAAGACUUCUCAGCAAUUUUAAUAACGUACGAUAUGAAAGAUUUUGCCCGAGGUCGCGUUAAAGUUGCUUCUGUGCGUUCCUCUGCCUGGUCAGUCCCAUAGUGCAAAGAACGAAGGGAAAAGUUUCCUUAAAUAUGACUGGGGUUCUUGAUAUUGACGUCCUGACCCAUAAAAAUUUUACUGUAACUUGGGUGAAGAUUGUCAUUUGUUACAAGGGGUACCGUAAAAUUCCGAAAAUAAGCCCCUCCUUGUACAAGCCCCUCUAAAUAUAAGCCCCCCAAACUCGUAACCCAAAAAACCCUCCGUUACAUCGCCCCUCCAAAUAUAAGCCCCUGGGGGGCUUGUACUUGGAAAUUGCCCUCAAAUACAAAGUAAAACAAAGCAAAAACGGUAAAUUUGCUUCCAGCUAUAAGCUAGCCCCAGUCGAUUUUGAAACGCAAAUUUCCCUCCGAAUAUAAGCCCCUCCAAAAGUAAGCCCGUCAAAAAGGGCCUUUGAAAAAUAUAAGCCCUGGGCUUAUUUUCGAAAUUUUACGGUAUGUUUUAUCGGGUUUUCAUUGGGUCACAAUUUUUUUGUCUCUCAUCAUUUGUUGCUUUUAUCUUUCAGUUACAUGUUUUGGACAGACUGGGGUAAAGAACCGAAAGUCGAGCGAGCAGAGAUGGACGGCUCAAAUCGUCGAGUUAUAAUACAACGAAAUAUUCAAUGGCCAAAUGGGUUGACAUUAGACUUCAACAACCAGAAAUUAUUUUGGACCAAUGCAAAGGUGCCUCGUUACAUAGCAAUGGCAAACUACGAUGGCUCAAAUCGCGAGAGGAUAUUCAGAUCACCAGAUCAGUGUGCGUUAGGGCAUCUUUUUGGUAUCACAUUGUACGAGAACAGACUAUUUUGGACAGACUGGUCAUCAAAAGGGAUUCAUUCUACAGAUCGGGAUAACACCACUGGAAAACUGCAAUGUAAGAAGGUGUGGCAAAGCACUGGGUUGCAACUCUUUGACGUUCGCGUUUUUGAUCCUACUACACAGUUACCAAGGCCAGGUGAGCUCCUCGAAGUUUUUAACAAAAUGGGUCUUUCCUUUGCAGUUUCAAGCACUUACAUUUGAUUUUAAGGACAAAUAUGUUAUCAUGUAUAUAUUCAGCGCUUAAAAUAUCGACCUCUAACUAAUGGAGCUUGCUUAGCAGAGAGACUUUAAAAAUACAAGGGUUUAUUUUUUACAUAUAUAUGUAUCGCAAAAGGGGAGUCGUGAUCCCCGUCGUUCCCAGCGGAGACCGUGGAAACUGGGGAUAAGAAUCGCGACGUGACCGACAACAUAUUUAGAGCGCCAUGCAUGUUUUGAGAAGAAAGCUGAGGAAAGAUUAAUGCGAAAAAUGUCAAACUUUUCAGGAACAGGUCGGUACACGACUUCUAUCGCUUGAAGGCGUUGAUUACUUUGAAACAAGCGAAUACUUUAGUGGUCGAAAUAAAGAACAAUCUGUAUGAGCAAAACUUCGACGGUGAGGCUAACUGGUGGGGUGUUGUAAACUUUCAUUUUAUGCAAACGAGCCUUGUGAUGAGCAUGCAGUGUAUUUUCGGCGAUGCCGGAUUGAAAUGACGCGCCAUGUUCAUCACAUUUUUGCCCUUUGGCAAUGAUGUAAUUUCUCUCGAAUCGAGGCCCUUGAUUUUCGUGUACUCCACUCACACGUGUACUCAAUCAAUUCAGAAACAAAUGGUCGAACACGAUAUAAAAAUAAUAAAUUUACUCGACCGUCGAUAAAGUAGGACGUGAAACUCUUUUAGCGAGGAAAUCCUGUUUUGUAUCGAAUUAAUCGCCUCUUCAUUUCUUCUCUAAUCUCCCAGCAAGCUCGACUUAAAGAGCAUCUUGUUUAACGUGGAUCUCUGUCGAAUAUAACUUCAAAGCAAAACUUCUAUAGAUCUCACUUUGGAAAAGCAUUUCGCCUUUACAUUUAUUUUGACACUUCAGUGCCAAAUUGUGUAAGGGGAAAAUAUGAUCCCUGGUCAUUGAAUAUUCUUUUGCAGGUCAAAAUCCCUGCAACUCUACCACUAACGGAGGAUGCAGUCAUUUAUGCUUGUUGAAUGUUCACGGCCAUUCUUGUGCGUGUCCAACUGGAAUGAGGCUUUUGUCUGAUAAUAAAACGUGCAAACAAGGUAAAGAAAAAAAUCAACUGGAAAAGAGUUCCUGUUUAAUUCUCAUUAUAAGGGGCACCUUUCAGCCAUUACUAUCAUCUUUGACACCAAUGAUCGUCAUCUUUUAUCAUCAUUUUCACCAUCGUCAUGAAUCCAAUCUUAAGCCCUUUUGCACGAUACGAUCACAUGGUACAAAUAAACCUUGCUGGAUGGCAAACGAAGCAGAAGGACAAGAAAAACAAAGAGAUUACAUCAUUCAAAACACUAAAAUCCUUUCUUUUCAAGGUUCCAUUGCGUCUUUCAGGGCCAUUCAACAAGGUGUUGUUUGUACCAUAUGACCAUAUUCUGCUAAGGGCCCGUCAUCUUCAUCAUCGAUCACCAUCAGCAGCUCAUCAUCGUAGUCAUACGAAAAAUAUGACAGCAACACAAGUACAGUCAAACCCCGUUCAUGUGGGGCCAUACAAAGUGUCCUUAUUAACUGGGUGUCCGUAUUAAGCGGGUUGAAUAUAGAGAAAAUGUAAGGGCUUUCUUUCCCCAGGGAUAAAGCAAACUGUCCGUAAUAAUGAGGUGUCCUUAUUAAGUGGGUCGAAUUUAGAGAAAAUGUAAGAGCUUUCUUUCCCCAGGGAUAAAGCAAACUGUCGGUAAUAAUGAGGUGUCCUUAUUAAGUGGGUCGAAUUUAGAGAAAAAGUAAGGACUUUCUUUCCCCAGGGACAAAGCAAACUGUUCGUAAUAAUGAGGUGUCCGUAUUAAGCGGGUUGAGUUUAGAGAAAAUGUAAGGACUUUCUUUCCCCAGGGACAAAGCAAACUGUUCGUAAUAAUGAGGUGUCCGUAUUAAGCGGGUUGAAUUUAGAGAAAAUGUAAGGACUUUCUUUCCCCAGGAACAAAGCAAACUGUGUGUAACAAUGAGGUGUCCAUAUUAAGCGGGUUGAAUUUAGAGAAAAUGUAAGGGCUUUCUUUCCCCAGGGACAAAGCAAACUGUUCGUAAUAAUGAGGUGUCCGUAUUAAGCAGGUUGAAUUGAGAGAAAAUGUAAGGGCUUUCUUUCCCUAGGAACAAAGCAAACUGCGUGUAACAAUGAGGUGUCUCUAUUGAGUGGGUGUUCGUAAAAAUGGGUUAGUUGACUGUACAGUCGAACCUCCGCUAACGGCCACCUCUCUACAACGGACACCUUUUUUGCGUCCCCGCGGACAAAAAAUCCAUACAUUGACUCUUGUUUCGACCUCUUUACAACGGCCACUUUCUUCUGUCUCCAAGGUGGCCAUUUUAGAGAGGUUCAACUGUACACGGACCUUUCAAGGUUAGUGACAUUAUUAGUGCGGGUGCAUGAUAGAAAGUUCAGAACGACAUCUCUCCGUAGAACUAGAAGAGAGUCUAUUUAACAAGCUAGGCUUGGGGUAGACCUUUUCACAUAUAUAGGAAAGGUGAAGAAUCUACCGAAGAACGAUAAAGGUUGUGUUUUGCAAAGAAGAUGAGGAUCGUUAUACGUUUCUGGGAAACUGCCCACUUACCCCUCCCCUAAACCAACAUCAACACCUACUUCUCACUUAGGCAAAAUGUUGGCUU